AAACUGGAGCACAGUUCAGCCACUAACAUUUAACUGGUGGAGUCUUACUGCGCUCACAAUGAUGAACUUCAUCUUGGCUUCACUCUGCACCUUCAGUUGGAUUUCUGUGUCAGUUUGUCAGUUUCUCACAGUUUCUGUUCGGCCUGCUGAAGACGUCACACUGAUGUGCAGCAACUUGAGUGAAGUUUUAUCUCACAUAUCUUGGUUUAAGAUGAACAGCAGUCCCAACGCCAGCCGCAUCUCAUCCAUGCUCAGUGCUGAGUCUAAUGUUUCUCUAUUUGAUGGUUUCCACUUCAGUAAAUAUAAUAUGACAACAAACAUCACAAACCUCUUUCUGACAAUCAGAGACGUGAAUAUCUCAGAUUCUGGACUGUAUUUCUGUGGACUCUAUAUAGCAGCAGUAGGAGCAGCAGUCCCUGGAGUGUUCACUGCAACACACUUACAGGUGGAAGACGUUUCAGACAGAUUACUCAAUCUGCCUUGUAUGAUCCUUGGCUGUGUUGCCGUCUUCCUUACAGUCGUCAUUGUUGCUUUGGCUGUCAAAAUCAGGACAAUACAAUCAGGUCAAACAGAGAGAAAGAAUCCACAGCCCUCUGAGAAUCUGGAUCCUGUUGGUCUCAACUAUGCAGCGCUGCAUAUCCGUCCCAAAGCCAAGAGCAAACGAAGAGCAGUUGACAAGAAUGAGCUGAAAGACAAUGUUCUUUAUGCUGCUACAAGAUAAAGACAGUAGCAUAAUGUCAGCAGCUCAAAGUGAGAGACAUGAUUCCGUUUCUAUAUGUGCUUGAAUAUUUUGUCCUUACAUGAAACCCAUUUUCAAAGCAAACUGAGCUAACUAACAAACUGGUGUCUGAAAUCAGAAGGACCAGUGAGAACACAACAGUCCAGACUCAUACUGGUUCUGCUGCAGUGGCUCAAAGACAGAAAUCAUUUUUACCAAGAACGUCUACCAUAUUGUGGUCUCACUGCAUCUUACACACUUCAGAUUAAAUCUUUUACAGCUUUCAGAAGCUGUAAAAGUCAAGAAUGUGGUUUAAAAAUCGACUUUAACCUACAUACCUAUUAUUAACUCUGACAUUGAGAGAUACAGAUACACUCAGUUGGCAAAAGGUUCUCAGUAUCAACCACAGUGGCAGCUUUCAGCUAUUCUUAUGUUCAGCAUAACGUUUCAUGAAAAAAGUCUUUAUCUCAUGUUACUGUUGUGAACAGCAAGAUGUGUAGAUGCUACUGCACAGCUACCAAGACUGUAAUGUAGCUUAGUUUGUUAAAUCUAUUUUUCCUGUUUAGAAUAAGAGCCAUUUUCAUCCUUUACUGUGAUGUUCAUGAUGAAAGUGAGAGCGGCUGCUCCAGCCAUGUGAUCUGCCUUCUCAACCAACUUCACACAAAACCUCUGCUGUACUACUAGAGAGCUGCGCCUCACCACUGGCUGUACACUUAUUAAAAUGUGUUGCUUCAAAAACCAAUCAGAAGGAGAAGAACUUG